AUGGCCUCGAUUGUCCGUCCUUCGCUGCUGCGUCAGGCAUGCAGCGCCGCUCCCACUGCUCGCAUGCUUUCCACUCGAGCCUCGAUCAACGCCAGCCAGCGAAUUGCUCAACCUUCUUUUGUUCGAAGCGCUGUGCCCACGCCUAUGAAGGCUGCUGCCUUCCAUGCAUCCGCAAAGCGCGCCAUUCUGCCUCCUGGACCUCAACACGUUGAGGGCACCGCGAAUGACCCUGUUCCUGUCCCCCCGGCGGAGCCCACCCACGGAAGCUAUCACUGGACGUUUGAGAGAAUACUUGCCGCCGGUUUGAUUCCCCUGACGGUUGCUCCUUUUGCCGCCGGCACCCAGCACCCGGUCCUUGAUGCCACUCUCUGCGCAUCUCUUCUAAUCCACUCUCACAUUGGUUUUGAUUCCAUGGUCAUUGACUACAUUCCCAAAAAGAGAUUUCCCAAGUCUCGUGCCCUUUUCACCUGGGGCCUUCGAGCCGGCACCGUUGUCGUCGCCAUUGGACUCUACGAGUUUGAGACCAACGAUGUUGGCCUGACAGAGGCAAUCAAGCGUGUUUGGACGGCAUAA